AUAUUAAGUACGAUUUUCAUUAUUAUACAUUUAUUUUCAAGUUGUUUUUGCAUUCGACUAUGCUUUGUUACUCGUGGAUUUGUAAUCUACUUUGUAGAGAAUCAUGAAAGCACGUAAUACGCCACCACAUCGACAGCUGCUAAUAAACGUCAGCAAUAAGUUCUCAUCGGAUUCGUUGUAAAGUUUUUAUCGAAGACAUUUCUCGUGUCGUAUUGUCGUCGCUGACGAUAUAAGAAAUUAAGUUGCGUCGUGACGUACGCGAACUGUCCAUAUUUCUGCACGAAACCAACGACAGGGUUAUGAGGCUCAAAUUUUUCAGUCUCGCAAUUAGUCAAUAUUUUCCAAGCGUUUUUAAUAUAUUUUCCGUACUACACAAUGGCUGAAAAAUGUAAGGAAUGCGGAUGUAAAUGUGUACAUUGCACUCAGUACGAUCAACAACACUGUGACAUGCAUUUGCAUGUUGAAAUAGAAAACUUACGGCAACAUUUGAUGGAAAGAGAUAAUCACAUCGCAACAAUGGAGACACAGUUUUUGAAUGAAGCUGAUAAAUUUCCGAACGGAGAAUUAGCAUCGAUGAAGGAAGAACUUUUAAUAUGGCAGGAAAAAUAUUCAAGACUACACGAGGCUCACAAACGUGUUCAAAAAGUAAAUCAAAAUCUUGAGGAUAAAUUGCUGAAGAUCGUAGACAAAUGUGAAACUGAGAAAAGUGCGUUCACUAAGGAUAUUGCAACCUUGUCUCAUAGAUUAGCAGAUGCAAAUUAUACUAUACAUCGUUUAACCCAAGAUAAUGAAAAGUAUAGGAAUGAUGUGAAUUUGGCAAUACAACUUCUUCAGUGUAAACCUUCUAAUUUCAUUGGUCAAAAAUAUGAUUCUUUACCUUCGGAAGUACAAGCCAAAGUUAGAACAUACAUUGCACAAAAGAAACGUUCAAACGAUAAUACUCCUGACGUUAAAAGUAUUACAGUACCAAUUUCAACAUUUCCUCCGACAGCGAUGGUAUAUAAUGUAACUAAGCCUGCAGUUGAGAAAGACAGCGAUGAUGAAAGCGAUGAAUCCAAGCCUCCAGUAGACGUCGUCUCGGCUGCAAUAAUGGCUAAAGUUUUAGAAGAUAGGGAAAAGGAAAGAAUAUUUGCUAAACAUUGUGAUACCUGCACUUGCAACCGUAGGAUUUUAAUGGUCGAUGCUGAGACACAAACUAAUUUGCAAGAUGUCUUUUCUUGCAACGAUUGUGUUACGAAAUAUGCACAGAAUGUAGAGAAAAAUAUUGAGAAAAAUCGCCAAACUAAAGAAAGUCAAAAUUCUAAUUUACAUAUAGUUUAUCACGAAACGAAUGAAAACGUUAGUAUUAGUAAUAUGCAAUACCACAGUCACUGUACAAACAAUAUUAAUACAACUAGUAGUCAGUAUCUAAGCACAAAAGAUAAAUUUUUAAGUAGAAAUGGUAAAAUAGAAAAUACGAAAGAGGACGGUCGCGCGAAUUCUGUUACAAAAGUCAGCUUAAAUAAAAAGAACUCAAUGCGCAGGAACGAUACGCAAACUCAAAAUGUUUUUCACAGCCAGACUGACAACGCGGCUACACAAAUGCCUCAAAAAGUCGGCGACAUGUGUAACAACGGCAAACUGAAUUCAGAGAAAGGAAAAUCAGCGAAAUCAUAUAAGAAAUCCGAGUCCUCGAUCGACGGUAUAUUCAAUCCGAAUUGUUGGAAUAAAUUGGAAAAGAAAUCUUCCAAUCAUAGUUACAUAGUUCCUGAAGUUCGUAAUAGUCAUUUCGAUGGGAAAGAACAGAGUCACAUUGAUAUUAUUAAUGAUAGAUUGCGAAAGAAUGAAUGGACAAAAUUGAAGUCUCAGACUAACGAAAAGGCUAAUAAGAAUGUGGACAAAGUCUGUAGCGAUAUUGAAAUUGACAUUAUCAAUGACAGAAUUUGGAAAAACGAUAAAACACAGCAAGAAUCGCAUCAGUCGACGCAGCUGACGUUGAUAGAAGUAAAGAAUAUUGAUAACAAUUUGAACCAAAACGAUUCUGGACAGAUCGAAGUGGCUACUAGUCGCAGUUUCAGUAGUGAUAGUAUAGUGAUUUCUACUUCUGAUCCUUCCAGCAGUUCUAGUGAUGUUGUUCAGUCAUUGCAUAAUAUCGGUUUGAAACCAAGUAGUCAAAAUCGAAUAACCGGUCCAAGGAAUUGUCUUGUAAGAGUCACGCCUGGAUCGAAAAAUAUUCUUUUAGAUAAUGCUGGCCAUUAUAAAACUGUAUUAUAUACUAGCGGAAGUAACAAGCCAAAUACGGCUUUAGUUCAUUCGAAGAAAUUAUCUCGGUCCGGCUCGGACAGAUCGAUUUCAACCAGCAGCGAGGAAAGUUCUCCGAUCUUGUUGCAUGACAAUAAUCAGUUACAGAGAGUGGCUGAGUGGGUCGAGUCGUCGGUACACAUGGACAAUUCGGUGACGAAUUACUCGAAAUUAAAGCCUGCCGAAAGUAUAAUCGACAAGAGUUCGUCGUUGGUGUACUUAAAUGAGUCGGAGAUAAAACCGAAACUGUUUGACGAUGCACGAAGAUCGCCUGAAAAUAUUCAAGAAAAUAAAAAACGCGAAGACCUAAUAACAGAUGCCCAAGAUUUUGUUAACGAGAAUUUAAGCAACGUUCUAGACAAUUUCACAAGCGCGAACAACACGGAAUCGGAGAAAGAGAAAGAUUUGAUAACUUUCGACGUGCCCAACGAGGACGAGAAAGUUGUUCUGCCACAGGCUUCCAAUAAAAUAGACAACAUCGAUUUCGAUUACGAAGCGAACAUUACGAAGGAAAUGGAAGAAACUUACUUGAAGCUUGCAGCGAGUGUAGAUUCCUUUGCUUUGCGUUUGUCGAGCGUGGACAGUGCAGAUUUAACGAUCGAGAAAUACAGGAAGGAUCACAAAAGGCUUCAGAGAAGUCACGACAGGGUGGGAUCAAAAAUGUAAAAGUGUCUCAACUGAAAAAUAUUUCAAGAUGAUUAUUAUUACUAUCUCAGCAGGGAGUUCCUUUAAAGAUAACAGAGCGUUAUUUUUUGUAACUAUAUGAAACUAAGGCUGUACCAAGAUCAGUAGCUUAGGAAGAAAAACAUUCUAUACACCACUGCAGACAUACAAUUAUAUUUAUUUAAUUUGUCGAAUCGAUAUUAACAAUUUCAUCUCCUGGUGAGUUAGUUUGUAAACAAUAAGUACAUAGUAUCGCCGAUAUGUAUAAUUAUAAUUGAAAAUAGCUCGAUUAUUUUAUAUAAUUAAGAAUGCCUAAUCUGAAUUGGGAAAAUGAUAAUUUAUUCAAAUGCUUGUUGAAUUUUUGCUAUAUAGGGAUACUCUAUCCAGGCUGUUUUUGCAAAGGAAACGAUGAACUCUGCUGUCGUCAUUUGGUUUUCGUUAUUACGAUUCUCUACAGUUUUGUAUAGAAUUACUCUAUAGUAUAUAUCGGACAAAAAAAAAUAGCCCAAUUAAAUGACACGACGAGACUUUUAUUCUUGUUACUGCGAUGGAAUAUUGUAAGGUGAAUUGCGUUCACGUGCAUUGAAUCGUGACAAUAUUUAAGAAUUCGUUCGUCGGAUCGUCGACAAUCUAUGAAUGUCAAAACGCAGAGCGUGCGCCACUUCUAAUUUCGUCAUUAGAAGCAGCAAGAGUAGCCCGCGUUGCAGAACCAGUUCAUCAUUCCGGAUUGAUUGAUACAGGAGAACGCGGACAGGCUUGUGUUCGGCGAUGUUUCGCGUGUAAAAUUUUCAUAAUUUUUAUUCGACAAUUUCUAGAGCUAAUGACGAGUAAUAUUACUAUAUUUUCCUUGUGUACACGAAUCAAUUCGACAGGAUGCAGCGGCGGACAAUAUUAUCUCGUUGAUCUAAUUCUUAAGAUAUAUAUCCCCGAAAUAACGCGUUAAGGAGCUUCGUUUGCGUCGAGGGAAGUUUACGAGAAAACCUUCUUUCGUGGAAAAACCGUGAUACCAAAGCUUCGAAUAAUAUUGCAAAUAUCGCUGCUGUAAAGUUCAAUGUUUCUCAAUCGUUCAAGCGAAUGUAACAGAAUUCUUUCUCGUUCUCCUUUAUUUUUGCACUGUUUUCGGUAAAUACCUGCGAUCUUGUGCAACUUAUUGUUAUCGAGGCGAAAGAACAAGCGAUCACCGUGUCCUAGUUGCAAAGACUAAAAAACGUUGUAGAAACCGAUGGGAUCUAAGUAUUCUGUUGUAUAAGUUUUCAGAUUAUUUUUUCAGUUAGAGAUUAUUAUAUAUUAUUUAUCGAUCGAAGCAAUAUUUAAUGGCCAAAAUGGUGGUUCUUCGAGUAGUCGAAUGGAUUCGCCGAGCAAAGUGAGUGAAUAAGCUCGCUGAUCUUGCGAUCUACAGAUUUCGUCGAAUGUUAUUAACGUUUCUGUAAUGCGCGAUGUUCUUGACAAACGCACUGUUCGCCCGAUUUUUCGGGUCUACGCGAUUACGAACGUCUGGACGAUGCGGAUAUCGUGGCGGCACGCCGGUAGAACCGUGUUCAAUGAAAAUUCAUGUGAAAAAACCACCAUCGUAUCAAGAAUAAUAUUCGAACCGUACGCCGUACGUGUGUAAACAAAUAUUAUAUACGCAUUAUGCAAUAUACAGAGAUGAAUGGCAGGGGUGUGAAAACUGUACGCGCGCGUUCUUGUACGGCUCUCCAUUGACGAAUGGACGACGAUCGAGACGGUCAAGGAGCAUACAUUUCAGGCUGUCGACGUUAUUCAAAAAGCUGGAGAAAAAUUCGCGACGAAAUUUCUCGAGCGAGUUUGUGCACAUUGAACUCGCGCGAUCUCCCAGUAUCGAGGAAACAUACUUAAUUUCUACAGCACCGUCGAGAGAGCAACGUAAACACUCUUCACGUUACGUCAAACAAUGAACUGUACGAGCACGAAUUAUUGGUAUGUUGGUGCAGGUCUCGAGUAUGAAAAACUGUAAAAAAAAAGAAUGUUUAUCAUGGAUAUAUAAAGCUUUUGCAAAUUACAAUAAAUGUCUUUCUUUUCGUUUCUGGACUUCGUUCCGAGCUGCGAAGUGAGAAUUCGAGCGCGACGACCGUUUGAAAUUGUUCAGAGAACGGCGGAGCCAUUUGUUAAGAUCGUCUUCGACAUCUUUCGCGAAAUAAAAUAAAAACGAUCAACGCCCGAACAAGACGAAUUUCACAUUCUAAAACGACGAUAAAGAGGAUUUCGUGAUUCUACCACGAAGAGGUGGAGAGCGGAUCGCAGAUAGGAUUCAAACAUGAUGUUUCGGCGCGAGUUAAUCGUGACAAUGGUUCGUUCCGUCAAGCUUCGUCUCGAUUCGACUGUAAUUGAAAAGAAAAUGAUCGUUGCCUAAUGGUUCUCGAUUCGUUGCAAAAAUAAAAAAAAAAGCAAAAAAUAGUGGGACAGACGUACCAAUACCAAAUAAACCGAAAAGAAAAGAACGGAAUUUCUGGCUUUUCUAACUACCUCGAUGCAUUUUUCCUUAGUUCUUUGGUAAUAUACUAAUAAUAAUAAUCGCAGAAGAAAUAAUAAAAGGACCUUUUGUAGAAGGACCAAGUUGUCUGGUAUUUCCGCGUGCGUAAAAACGCUUCUACGAUAUUAAGGUGCAUUAAUUCUUAGUCGAAGUCAACUGAACGAAACCAAUUGUUUGGAGUCCGACAGGAAACGAUUCUAUACGCGAUCGAGUUAUUCAUUCGACUCGAAAAAUAACCAGGAUGUAUCAUAUGUAAUGUGACGGUGAUUACUAUGUAAACUGUACAUAUAUGUACGAUCGAAUAAAAUGUGUCUAAAAGAGGA